AUGGCGAGGAGACGUAAAUCUGUGCCGAAGCUAGCCAAACAAGAUGUUGUUCCAGAGCUCCCUUCAUCCAAUAAUCUUACUCCGUCUCAGAUUAGUGAGGAAGAGAAUUCUAAGGAGGUGGGUGUUGUUGAUAAGGAGCAGGGGUUUGAACCUAGGGAUUUUGGACCUUGUGCGAAGGAGAUUAGUGCUACUGAUUGUGAACAUGUUUCGUUGUCAUGGGCUGCAGAGGUUGAAGAUAGGAGUUUCCAAGAGUCGGCAAAGGCUAAUUGGGCUCAAUUCAAAGAAUCUCUUCCUUCAUAUGGAGGUCAGGUUAUGGAACAACCUAUUGAGUAUGAAUGGUUACCUACCAAAUGUUCUAAUUGUAAGAAGCUGGGACAUACUGCUAACUCAUUUCCAAGCAGUGUAGCUCCGGAUUGCUUCAGCAGACUCAUCAAGAAGCUACUCAAGAUGGUGCUAGAUUUAUGUUGGUCUGUUCCAAAAAGAACUGGGAGUGUGAUGUCUGCUGCACCGGUUCCAAUUGAGCAAUCUAGAAAUUCUUAUAGUGUUCUGCAAGAGAAUCUGAAGAAUCCGAAUGAUCUGGUGCUACCUACUGUUCUUAAUGGAGUUUUGCAACAUCAUGAGCUGGAACGCAUAAUUCUUUUGAUUUGGAAAGCUCAUUUGGCUCAAAUUGAUGUGAUUCAGGAGAAUGCUCAAUUGUUGCAUUGUCGAGUUAGAAUUUGCAGUAGGAAUCAAGACUUUUGUCUCACCAUAGUGUAUGGUUCUAACAACUUGGAGACUAGGAGGUUAUUAUGGCAUGAUCUGGCUAACUUGCAUCUGCCUAUAAAACCAUGGAUAAUCUUAGGGGAUUUUAAUGCAGCCUUUAAUAUUAAUGAUAGGAUUGGUGGGAGACCUAUUUCAGUGAAGGAAAUGGAGGAUGCCCAACAAUGGCUGGCUCUUGGGUUGGUUGAAGAAAUGAAGAUCAUGGGACCUUACUUUACUUGGUCUAAGAAUCAAGAAGGGGGAAUCACAUAUUUUCUAAGUUGGACAGGGUCUUUUCUAAUGAGGCUUGGUUGGAUCCCUUUCUGUUGUCUUCAGCAUUUUCUCAAUGGGAGGGAAACUGUGUUAGAUAGCUGGUCCAAACCUUUCUGUACUAAGGGCAAUCGCUUGGAGAAGUUAGUUGGGAAACUUAUUCGGCUUAAACAUGUUCUGAAGAGGUUUAACUGGAGGGUUAUGGGUGAUGUAGUUUGUAACUUUGAGAGAAGUAAAUCCUUGUUCCAGCUGGCCCAGUCUAAAUUGUAUGAUGAUCCUUGUAACAUCUCUUUGAUUUCAACAGAAAGAGAAGCUUAUCUGGAGUUUAGUAGACAAGAGAAAAUCUCUGAGAGUUUUCUUCCCCAAAAGAGUAAAAUCACUUGGCUUCAUUUUGGGGAUGAAAGUUCUUCUUAUUUUUAUGCUAGUUUGAAGAAAAGGAAAGUUGCUAAUCAGAUAGUUUCUUUCAUUUCUGCUGAUGGUAUGCUUGUAUAUGACUAUGAGAUGGUUACUCUUCAUUUCCUUCAGCAUUUUCAGAGUUUCUUAGGCUGUGCUAGUAGGGCUAAUGGUCAUAUCGACUCUCAAAGUAUUACUUAUGGUCCAGUUUUAGAUUUUGAUACCCAACUAGAGUUAAUUAAGCCUUUUUCCCCUCAUGAUGUUAAAGUUGCCUUAUUCAGCAUACAUUCAGUCAAGAGCCUUGGUCUGGAUGGGUAUGGAGCUGGUUUUUUCAAAGACUUAUGGAAAGAUAUAGGCAAGGAAGUGUCUAUGGAUGUCCUUGAUUUUUUUGAAUCAGGCAACAUUCCUCAAUGUUUGAAUGAUACGCUUCUGGUGCUUAUUCUUAAGGUGGACCAACCAACUAAUGCAGCAGAUUUCAGACCUAUAGCUUGUUGUACUACUAUCUAUAAAUGCAUUUCUAAAAUGCUCUGUGGUCGGCUUUCUACUGUUCUUCCUUCCUUGAUUAAUCAAAGCCAAGGUGCGUUUAUUAAACACAGAUCGCUUGCCUACAAUGUCCUUAUCUUUCAAGAUUUGAUUAAGGGGUAUAAUAGGAAAAAUAGUUCUCCUCGGUGUGCUAUGAAGAUUGACCUUAGUAAAGCAUAUGAUUCGAUUGAUUGGGAUUUCUUGGAGAAUUUAUUAAAUGCCCUUUGCUUUCCUAGUAGAUUCAUUAGAUGGAUCAUGCAUUUUAGAUUCCAUCCUAUGUGCAAAUCCCUUAAUCUUGUUAAUCUUUGUUUUGCUGAUGAUCUACUUAUCUUUUGCAAAGCUACUACUCAAUCAGUGCAAAUUAUUCAUAGGGCGCUUGCUGAGUUUAAAAUGGCUCUGGGCUUGUCUAUCAAUCAUAAUAAAUCUCACAUCUACUUUGGAGGGCUAUCAGAAGUUGCUAAAGCUCCUGCUUUGAAUUGUACUAAUCUGAUUGAAGGCUCCUUUCCGCUGAAGUACUUUGAAGUUCCGCUUAGGCCUACCAAAUGUAAGGCCUCUGAAUAUGACAUUAUCCCCAAGAAGAUCAGAUUACGUCUUAAUACUUGGGCCACCCGAAACCUCUCUUAUGCUGGUCGAACUCAGCUGGUUCAAUCUGUUCUGUUGGGGAUCCAAAACUAUUGGAUGAGUAUAUUUUUGCUGCCUCAGAGUGUGGUUAGAGAUAUUGAUCGGCUGUGUAUAAAUUUCUUGUGGGGUGAGAAGGGUUCCCGUAGCAAAUUCCAUCUUUCUUCUUGGGAAUUUGUUUGUCGUCCGAAGGCUUAUGGUGGGCUGGGAUUUCGAGAGGGGCCAGCUUGGAAUAAGAUCUUACUUGCUAAAUUUAUUUGGGCUAUUUCUUCUAAGCAGGACCAAUUGUGGGUGAAAUGGGUGAACAACAUUUAUCUAAAAGGCUCUCAACUCUGGGAUUAUAUUUUGAAGCAAGAUGUUAGUUGGUAUUGGAGGAAGCUUAUUAAGCUUUGUAAUUCUAUGUUUGGUCUAGUUUUGGCAGCUGCUGAAGUGCAUGGAAAACUUCGGUUGGGCAAGCUCUACAAUCAUUUUCUCCCUGGUGAGAAGGUUGAUUAUGUUGAUGAGUCUCACUCCCAUCUAUUUUUUGAGUUCAUGCCAUCUGACAACGCCUUUGAUAUUUACGCCUCCGCAGAUGCUCCUCUGAGCAGGAAGAAGUCGAGUAGACAACACCCUAGAGAAAGCAGUGGAGAGCCCUCCAGAGAAAGAGCUCGAUUAGAGGACCCUCCAGCUCCUUCUCCGUCUAAAUCAACUACGCCUCCUCCUCCUCCUCCUCGCACUACUCCUUCCACCAACUAG